GUGCAUGCAGUCGAGUCGUCGAGUCCAAUCAAGCACGCCGGUCGGUGUCGAUCGCUGCUUGGUUGGUUGGUUGGUCUCGGUGCUGACACCCUCGUCAUGUCAUGUAUCGCUGCUUGGUCGGCUGGUCGGUUGGUUGAUUAGGCUCCUGUUGGGAACCAGCACAGGCAACGGUUGUCUGCGGGCUUGCACUCCCUCUUCAUCCAGAUCCACUCGCCGUCGGUACUGUACCCCUGGUAAGACUCAAAGCAGCUUCCCUUCGUGCAGUCCCUGUCCGCCCUGCACUCUGUGUGUGGAGCCGCAUACAAAUGUGUCCGUGUGAGAGUGACGGAUGGGUUUGGUCCUUGAGGGGGCCUUACGUACCUUCGAGGGUCGUCUCGAAACCCCUGUAUGUGGGGGCUGCACACAUUCAUCGGUCCGAUAAGCACAUCAUGAUGUUUGUAUGGCCAUGAGUCCACCACGAGUGCAUUGCUUACCGUCCUGCGCGAGCGCCUGUGCCGCAGCUGACACGACUGCACACAACAAUUGAGAACAGUGCCCAUUCAAUUCACGUUGACGCGUGAGCCGUCCGGUGUGUAUGUCUCGCCCUACGACGCACCACCAGUCGUGAGCACCUCGAGGCCCGUUUUGGUCAUGGCGCGGUGUCGCUCCUGAGCCAUCCUGUUGGCGGCCGCCACCGUCAUCAUGAUGAACGCCAAGAUAGCCAAGACACGGGCCAUGAUCAGAUUCUCCCUCACGAACUGAAUGGACCGGCAAUUAAGGGGUGAUGGGAUGGAGUGAGAUGUUUCUGCACACACACAAAGAACAGCCCCGACAGGCGCAGGUCCCACAGUGUCACAGUUUUCGACGUCGGCCAGCCCCGACAGGCGCAGGUCCCACAGUGUCACAGUUUUCGACGUCGGCCUACCGUCCCAACACGGCGCCUGAUCAGGGUAUGUGCACAGGAGAAGACGCCCCCAGCCCCCAUGUUGCGAGCUUGCAUGCAU